GGCGCGCGCGCGCGGGGGGCGAAGGACGAGGCAGCCCCGUCGCCUCAGGGCGCUGCCGGUCGAGCGGGGGCGGCCCCGGGCGGGCCCGGCCGGCGGUGGGGACCCGGCCGCCUUCCCCCGUAGUCCCUGUGAGGGGCCGGACCUUCCUUCGUAGGCCGCGGGGCGCUCCCCGCCCCCCCCGGGCCUGAGGGGGGGGCGGCCGGGCUGGGCCCCGCCGAGCCCGGUGCCAGCUCACCGUCUCUGGGCUGCGGUGGGCCUCGCUGAGAGGUUUUUCCAGGACACGAUUAUGAGUGAUCAAAUCCAGUUCAUUGUUGAGAAGCUCAAUCAGGAGCCCUUCAGGAAGAACUACAAUUUAAUCACGUUUGACUCCUUGGAGUCAAUGCAGCUGUUGCAGCUGCUCAAUGAUGUUCUGGGGGAGAUUGACCCAAAGCAUGCUGUUGACAUUAGAGAGGAGCUGCUAGAACAAACAGCUAAAAGAAUGUUGAGUCUUCUUGGUAUCCUUAAAUACAAACCUCCAGGAAGUAUAUCAGACUUGAGUGCAUUUCGCCAAGGGUUAGUUACUGGAAGCAAACCUGUAAUUCAUCCUGUCUUACAUUGGCUUCUUCAGAGGACCAAUGAACUCAAGAAAAGAGCUUACCUGGCACGUUUCUUAGUAAAAUUGGAAGUGCCAGCGGAAUUCCUACAGGAUGAUACUGUGGCUGACAUCAACAAACAGUAUGAAGAACUGAUGGAAGCAUUUAAAAACCUACAUAAGGAGUGUGAGCAGCUCAAAACAUCUGGUUUAUCUACUGCAGAAAUAAGAAGGGACAUCAGUGCAAUGGAAGAGGAGAAAGAUCAACUCAUCAAAAGAGUAGAGCGUCUUAAGAAGAGGGUGGAGUCAGUACAAAAUCAUCAACGAAUGCUUGAAAUAGCAAGACAGCUUCGCUUAGAAAAAGAGAGAGAAGAGUCUUUGGCUCAACAGAAACAAGAACAAAAAAAUCAGUUGUUCCACGCAGAGCAGAGACUGCAAAGAGCACAGCUCCAGCUGAAAGAGAUGCAUCAUGCAGUAGUGGAUUCAAAACCUGAAAGUUUAAUGAAGAAACUAGAAGAGGAGAUAAAUUUCAAUUCAUACUUGGUUACUGAAAAAAUACCUAGAGAGCUUGAAAGUAAGAAGAAUUCAACAUAUUUCCUACAAAAGGUGGUUGCAGAGCCAGCUAUGAGUCAAUCUGAUCUCAAUGCACUUGAAAUCAAGAUAAAUGAAGUGAACGCACAAAUUAAUCAGCUUAUUGAGAAAAGAAUGAUGAAGUAUGAGCCAAUUGAUAGUAAAUUUUCCAUGUAUCGCCAACAGGCAUCUAUAAUUUCCCGGAAAAAGGAAGCCAAGGCAGAAGAACUUCAGGCUGCUAAGGAAGAGAUGGCCAGCGCUGAAAGGCAGAUGCUGCAGAAGACCAAUCAGGCCCAUGAGUUAGAAGGCUCUGAAGUUCUGAAAGGGGAUGAGUUUAAACACUAUGUUAAUAAGCUCCGGAGCAAGAACACAUUUUAUAAAAAGAAGCGACUGGAAAUAGCAGAAAUUACAGCUGAGUAUGGUAUCCUCCAGAGAACAGAAGAACUUCUAAAACAGCGCCACGAGGCUAUUCAGCAGCAGUUGCAAGCUAUUGAAGACAAGAAAGGUAUUUCUGGAUAUAGUUACACCCAGGAGGAGCUGGAAAGAGUAUCUGCAGUAAAGAGUGAAAUGGAUGAAAUGAAAGGCCGGACACUAGAUAACAUGUCUGAAAUGGUAAAAAAACUUAACAUUAUGGUGGCAGAGAAGAAGGCAAGCCUAGCUCCUGUUAUCAAAGAACUGAGGCAGUUGCGUCAAAAGUGCCAGGAAUUAACUCAAGAAUGUGAUGAAAAAAAAAUCCAAUAUGACAGUUGUGCAGCGGGGUUAGAGAGCAAUCGCUCUACACUGGAACAGGAAGUGAAAGGACUUCUUGAGGAGUGUGUUCAGGAAGAAAGCAACUACCAUUAUAUUAACUGCAUGAAAAGGAAUCUAGAAAUACAGCUGCAGCGUGCUAAAGAAGAAAUGAAGGCAUACGUCUCCCCAGAUCCACAGGAGAGACGAAAGGCAAUUCGAGAACAGUACACACGGAUGAUCCUUGAACAAGAAAACCUUGGGAAGAAAUUACGAGAGAAGCAGAAAGUUGUACGGGAAAGUCAUGGGCCAAACAUGAAGCAAAUUAAAAUGUGGCAGGAUUUUGAGCAGUUAAUGGAAUGUAAGAGAGAAUGUUUUCUGAAACAACAAAAUCAAACAGCCAUUGGUGAAGUCAUUCAGGAAGGAGGUAAAGAUAGGCUUGUAUUAUGAAUUCUUCCUUCUUGAUACCAACAUAAAGUAGGAAGACAGCGUGUUGGCUUCUUAAAGGUAACCUCUUACUAAAUAUUGCUGCUUUCAUCAUUUCUACAUAAAUUUGUUGUACAUUAUUUCGUUUUGGUGGAUAAACAAAGAGCACAACUAACCACUCUACGAAGCUUUUCCUCCAUUGUUUAAGUGACAACAUAACGCGGUUGGGAAGAUCUGUUACGAGAGCUGCACUAGGGUGAACCUCAUCGUAAAUCUUUGUUUUAUGAGGCUGGGAAUGGUAUGCAUCUGCAGAGAGAUCAAAGGAAAAGAAAUCCUUCUCCAGGGUCACAGAAAACUUAUGUAAUUGCUCUGCUCCUUAUUCUGUAUCAUCUAAGGUUACAUUUUUGCAAGGCCUGGGACUUGAUAUUGUAUAAUUGUGGACCUCCUGGCUUGGCCCUCUCCUUCCCUAUUGUCUUUAUUCAUCUAGUGUGACUGGCAAGAAUGGAGCCUUUUUCGGUCUGAGCUGCACAGACCUUGCCUGCACACUCCUAGUCAUACUUUCCUUGCACGGUUGAAUUAAACUGAUUGUGCUUCCAGGAGACAGUUCAUUGCUACAGCAUCAGGAGUAGGUUCUGAGAACAAUUACUUGGAUUCUGAACUUUUUCCGUUAUCUUUUGUUGUUGUUUUUAACAAAUAUAUUUUUCUUGCACAUAUACCUUCUUCUAAUUUUGCUGAGUUGCCCACGUGAAAGUGUAAAUGGUGGUUGACUAACGGCUUUCUCCACUGAGGACAUUUUGUGCUGUUUUGUCUGUGCAGUGUGGUUCCAAAGUGAUUAUGCUACCCAAAGAGGGUCAUCCCAGGGAUGGAGGGUUAUUGAUGGAUGUAAAUAUGGCACAGGGGUUCGUGCAUAUGUUAGGGCAUGCAAAACAGGUAGAUAGGCAAGGCUGCUGUGUACUCUGGCUUUGAUCUGUGAGCUACAGGCAACUGUCACUGCCCUUAAAAUCGCAUCACGAGACCCACAGCUGACCCAGGGUAAGAGGAAAGUAGGUGAGGCUUGAAACUGUCCCUCACGCUUCAUCAUCUCGGAUGAGCACCUCUUAGCCACAAUCAAAGAUCAGAAGCAGAGAGAUAAGUCUGCGGGACUAGAACUCUUGCUAUUCUUCUUUAGUCUCUUGGCUUAUUGAAUUUCUAGAUAGGGUUGGGGUUUUUUUGGUUUUUCCUGCCUGAAGUAGAAUGUCUUUUCAGGACAUAAAAAAUAAUUUUGCUUUCUCUGGUACCUAACUAUGAGAUCCUCUGCUGUUUUCUAUAUUAAGAGAGAGUAUGGUAAUUAUAUAUCAUUCCUAGUUUGCCUUUGCAUUAAAUGUAUUUGUUAACAGAACUAAAAUUAAAUCUGAUGACUACAUUUUGACUGUAUGGUAUUCUUUUUUUUUUCCAUUUCUUAGGUGAAAGAAGGUGAAUUGUUAGUGACAAGUAGCUUGCUGGGCCACAGGAAAAAGAGGUUUGAAUGGGUCAUUUAAUGAAAUUUCUUUCAGGUGCCCCCAAAGGGUUCAAAACUGCAGUGUGUGUGUAAAGAGUGGGUCUCAGAUCCAUGGAAUCCCAGGACAUCCUCAUGUAAGCCCUCCCACGCUGCUGAAUAGCUGAAGAUAGUCUUUCUCAACAGCUGCACACUAAUCUUUCCCAGGGCAAGGAGAAGCAGCACAUUUUCCCCUACGCACAUUUUCAGCGAGUGUGGAAGGAAAGCUGUGGUGUAGGAUAUGGGCACAGGUAGAGUUGGCCGGGGUGGGGAGAAUGUGCACCGCUGCCACCACCCGCUGCUUGCAUGAGUUGAUUACUUUCCACGGCAGGAGAACGGGCUUUAGUAAGGCACUGAAGGGAGGCCAUAUCGAUCUGGAAGGGAGAAGCUCAGGAAAAGGACAUAUGCAGACUAUGUAGUGUGGGCACAGCCAUCUCCAGAGACACCUAUACCUUUUUCUUCCUGCUAGCCCUGUAUUACCAAACUUCACCUGCAUUGCACUGUAGAGCCUGCUGAGCUGAAGAAAGUUAUGGUAGUCACAUACCUGGACUUCCAAAGGAGGGUUUUGCUGAAUACUUGCCAGCAAUAGUAAAACAACACAGACAACUAGAUGAAAGACAUGCUGAAAACAUGGGAUAAUCACCAAAAUGGGGCAUUUAGGUUACUUAAGAACCAGCCUGUAUGGUUCAGAGUCACCAGACAGAGCAUGAGAAAGGAGAUUUUAUAUACUUCAAGUAAAAACUUUUAACAAAACCCUAGAAACCCUAUUUGAUUGGACCAUUUACGCAAAGAUGUAUUACAUGGAUUAGCCUGCUGCCCAGGGAAAAGCAAUGCUUUUGAAAUUCAUAGCAAUGAUGCAGAGUAAGAUUGAGUAUAAUAAUUUUCUGUUUUUCUGUUCAGAGUUACCCUAAAAAUAGUUCAUCUUUCUUCCUUGUAAAAACACUUUAUUGCUAGUUACUCAAAGAUGACGUGAUUGUUGUUCUGAUCUGAUUAGUGUUCUGUCAUUUGUACUGCACCAAGAAAGGGCACACAGAUUAUACACUACAGCAGCAGCAAAAUGACUGUCUGAGAUGAAGCAGAAAAUCAUAAUAACUGUUAUGAAAAGAAAACUGGAAAAACUCAAAUGCUAUUUUUAGCUUUUUAUACAAGUGGACAUUUAAUAAAUGCAACUUUAAUGGA